GACCCUGACCCUGCCUCCAUCAACAUCAACCUCAAUACAUCAUCAAUCAACUUUAUUGUUACUUUCCCAUUUCUCUCUGCAAUCCUCCCCUCAAAAUCAACCCAAUCCCUUCACCAAGAUUCAAACUUUUUUUCAUCACAAACUAGGGUUUUUCUUCCUUUCCAAUAUGGCAGUCAGGGGAGUUGAUUUUAAGUGGUAUGAUGGGUUUUUCCUGUCAAUGCUUGCCACUAGUAUAAUAAUUGUUGCGAUUAAUUGGAAGCGAUAUCAUCUAUGUACACACCCAUUACACAUAUGGAUAGUGGUUGAUUAUACUACGGUUUUCAUUUUUCGGUUGUUGAUGUUUUUGGACAAUGGGAUAGCUGCUGGAAUGGGAUUGGAUUUUGGUCGGCAGCAGAGACAAGCUCGUUUUUGUGGAAGAGUAGUGGUGUUGUCCAUUCUUUCUGUGUUUCUUUAUCCAUUUUUAUGGACAUGGACUAUCAUAGGUUCUCUAUGGUUCAGCAGUUCAAAAGACUGUCUUCCCGAAGAAGGUCAGAAAUGGGGUUUCCUUAUAUGGUUGCUCUUUAGCUACAGUGGGCUCCUUUGCAUUGCUGGCAUGUGUAUGAGAAAGUGGUUAAUACGAAGGCAUGCUCAUUCAAUACGUGCUCAACAAGGAAUUCCUAUUUCGGAAUACGGGGUGCUUGUUGAUAUGGUUCGUGUACCAGAUUGGGCAUUUGAAACUGCUGCUGGUCAAGAGAUGAGAGGCAUGGGUCAAGAUACCGCUUCGUAUCAUCCUGGGCUCUACUUAACAGAACCCCAGCGAGAAGCUGUGGAGGCACUCAUCCAAGAACUUCCAAAGUUCAUGCUGAAGGCUGUUCCUACUGAUUGUAGCGAGUGCCCAAUUUGUUUGGAAGAGUUCCAUGUGGGGAAUGAGGUUCGUGGUCUUCCAUGUGCUCAUAACUUUCACGUGGCUUGCAUUGAUGAAUGGCUUCGGUUAAACGUGAAAUGCCCUAGAUGCCGAUGUUCUGUCUUCCCAAACCUUGAUCUUAGUGCUCUAUCCACCAUCCCUGCUGACCCUGACCGUUUGACCCUUUCAACAACCCGUUAUUUGAGAAGUCAACCAUCCAGUCAAAGUUAUUUGUUGAGAAUGCAGGGUUUCUUACGUCCAAUCCGCACAGGAAACUCAGGCUCCACAUCUGCUUCCACCUCUAGCUCAGAUCCUGACACUGUUUUGGAAACCAUUGAAAAUGGAGGUCCAUUACCCAUGAAUCAAAAUCUUCGUUCUAGUACAGAGCCUGAACAUUGAUAAUUUUAUUUCAUAGGUGUAAGUUUUUGGUGCAUGGUUGCACAUCUAACUAUAGAAUUUAGGGAUGCAGGCUUGUAUUAUGUUAUGCCUAUUUUUGUUGGCGUUCACUAGUGGCUCGUUUGAUUCAUGAAUUCAAGUAUGUUCGGAGAUGUUGCAAUCCAGUUCUGACGUGUUUUUAAGCAAGUACUUGGGUUGGCUAUCAGUUUUUAAUGUUUAUGAUUCGAUUGUAAUGUGUUUGUCGUA